AUGGGAAGUAAUAUGAAAGUGACACUUUUCUUAUUAAUUUUGACGAUCCAUGUGAUGCCACUGACUGCUGCCCAGCUCGAUGUAUUUGCUCUACCGCAAGCUCCGCGUUAUGCAGCAAAACCAACUGUACCACCCGAAUAUAAGAAAUAUUUCGAGUUAGAAGAUCAUGCACGUGGCCUUGUCGAAAGUGUUAUUGGUCCAAGACCGGGUGGCUUUUUCCCACCAAAAAGUUAUGAAAUAGGUCGUCCAGCACGAGACAACUCAGAGAAUAACAACGCUCCAUUGAAUGAAGUUGAACGUUCCCUGGAACAGUUUCUCAGUGCACCAUCAGGAUUUUCCCAACAACUACCACCCGGUUUCAAUCAAGGCUUCUCGGUUGCUAACAGUGGUAACCCUAUUGCAUCAUUUUCAAAUGUCCGCAAACACUCAGUAAUGCAACUGAAAGGGAUAAUAGAGGAUGAAAUUGAGGGAUCAGGUGAUAAUGCGCAUUCAUCUAUUCGUGGUAUACCCAACGUUUUUCCUGAUUUAACCAGACCACCGGUUGAGCUAAUGCGUCCUCCUUUACGACAGAUAACUACAGAACAGAUGGCAGCAAUACCAAAGAUUGAUUCACAACCCGAGGUUCCUGAUGGAGGUUUUGGACCUAACGAGAUUGAAAUCCGUCGUGCUUCACUCUCUAACAAAGAGAGUAAUGAUGAAGGCAUCGAAAAUGAAGAAUAUGGUGCAUUAACGGACGAUUCUUCAUCAUCGGGUGGCCUAAUUGGUACAAUAAUUAGUUUAAUCGGUUUGAACAGCAAAAAAAGUAAGCUUGAACCUGACACACGAAGUUUAACGAAAGCGGUUGGUAAUUUGAUUGGGGGUGAGAAUAGCCCAAUUCCAGCCAAAAACGUGAUCGCCGAUGUUCUCUACAAAGCACUCACUAGUGGAACAAUUCAAGCAAAUGGAAGUAAUGAAAAUCCUGAUGCUAAGUCACUGACGCUUACCUCUGCACAGCAGGCUGUGAUCGGUGAAAAUUUGGAAAUGAUUCAAAAUCUAAUAACUCAACCAUCGUCUCCACUUUGUAAUCCAAAACCAGUUCCUAUUGAAGAAUUUGAUGUUGAUGCAUUCAUGGGCCAGUGGUAUCAGGUCAUGUAUAGUCCACCAUUGGCAACAGCACCGUGCAGUAUGGUUGCUUAUAAGAAGUUAGCAGAUGUGAACGAUGGCGGGGUUGGUACUAUAUUUGAAGUGUUUGAAUAUACAACCGAUGGUACACCAUACGUUAAACCACGUAUCAGUUCUGGCUAUGCUAUUGUUAAACAAGCUGGAGAAUUAAUUUAUCGUACAACUAGUUAUCAAGAUGAUGUCAGCGUUCAUAUAAUUCACGCGGGUCCGUUAAAUGAAGCCGGACAAUACAGCUUCACAAUACUUUCAACGAAUUGCAAUUAUCCAUUGUACGUAUUUGCACGCGAUCCUGUCGUUUACAAGCAGCGUUAUGAAACGACUGUAAAUCAAAUCCUUGAACAGAAAGGAUUAAUUAAUGGAUUUUCCCGCUUGUUGAACAUUGUUGCACCCGUAGAUAAUUCGGUGUGCACAUUUCCACCGAGUCUGUUCAACGUUCAUGCAUAA